UAGCAACAAAAAAUAAUAAUCUAUAAAGAUACAUAAAUAAUUCCAAGUCUCAAAUCAAUAAAAAGAAUCUUCAAUAUAUGUACAGACAAUAUCAGUUAGUUCGCUUAGUAUUUAUACAAUAGUGGAAGGUUAAUGUAUGAUUGGCAAAAUUUGACAGAUUCGGAUAGAUUGACCUGCUGGCUUCUGUACACAAUGAAAUGCACUGACAACUCACAAUCACAAUACAACGCACCCAGGAUUAACUGCAACAUCACCUUAAUUUUAUCCUUUUGUUAAUCACAAGCACUACUUGCCUGUCAUCCCACUUGUCAUCGGCAGAAUCGUCGACAUUGCAAUCGAUCAUUGCCAUAAAAAAAAUAGAAUAGAAUAGCAACCAGGAACUGAAACCAUCCCUCCUAAAUCUGCAAUAAUGGUCGCCCUACAUAUCGCCUAAUCACAAUGCCGUUUGGCGAAAAAUAAUUUCGAGCACAAAUGUUUUAUAAUUGGCCACCAUUGUUCCGUCGUGUUUACAAUAACAGCUCGGUCUAACAUUCAGGAGAAUAGCUGAACAUUUGAGGACCAGCCCUUGUGGCUUAGAUACUUAUUCAGUAAGGAUAGGAGAAGUGUGUGCGAUGUGACUGCGGAAGAUGGGUUACGACUGAAAAAUAAAGGUGGUGUGUCAGCAAGAUGAUGCACAUGUGGCUAUGGUUCGGCUACGACCUCGGCGAGUUCAUGUUCUCCGGGCUGACCAUCGCGUCGCGGUGGUCCUUCGCCAUCACGUGGAUAGUGCUGUUCUUUGUGGCGCUGCUGUUUGAAGGCUCGAAGGUAUAUCUAGCGAAGGUGCAGCGCGCGGCACACACAAAACUCUAUCCUUACAGGUCGGAUGAGAGGAGAAACUUGCUGUGUGAUAGGGAGCAGGGCAGCAUGGAGCCGACCACCAGCCGCAACGCCAGCACGGGACAAGUCAGUAGGUGGGCCUCACUCAGAGUACGUGCGCUAGUGAACACGCACCAGUCUAUAGUGUUCCUGCUGCACAACAUUGUGGGCUACCUGCUGAUGCUGGCCGUAAUGGUGUACAACGUGCAUCUGCUGCUGGCGGUCGUCUUCGGCAUGAUGCUGGGUUACUUCUUAUUUGGCACGAAGCUGACACGCCUACAGAUGCAGUGCUUCAGCAGAAAGCGAGUCGUCAUCUGUACCCCUGAGUGCGACGAUACAGCGGAAAACACAACCCCACCACUACUGGAUUCUUCAAUGAGCUCAGAGUCAGACUUCUUCAUAUGUCAGACUCGCACGUGCAUACAGCCUUCGCACUACUUCCCCGCCUCACCGCCAGACGGCAGCGCCAACGACCAAAACGCCACCUGCUACUAUGGCGCGAAAAAGUGCCCCUCAAGGGUUGCCAGAGCAAAGAAAAUACAAGCUUCCACAUCACACUGCCACCACGAAAGCGAAAAAGAAGAUAGUCCUAGCGUAGAAGACGUGCAGCUACUCAGAACUGAGCGGCAAGGUUGCUGCAAGAAAAAGCAGGAACCGCCCCCUGAGGAGAAAUGCUGUAAGAAGGAAACCACUGUCAUAGUCCACGAGCCUAGUCAGGGCUGCUGUAAGGAGGAGAGUCCGGAAGAACAGCGCCAGGAUGUGAGGGAGCAGAGCCCGCAGAUCACGUGCUGCCACAACGCGAAGUCAGCCCCGAGUGACAGCCAGGAACAAAUCAUUAAGUGAUAGGAAAUAUAGACUUUAGUAUGGUGAUAUAAGAGGCUCCCGUUUUACUGUUGUGGGUGUCAGUGGGUGCGUUUGUGUUUGCUGAGUAUGUAGCAAUAAGUUUUGUAUAUUUUGCGUGUUUUAUUGUGAAUGGAUUUGGGAUGUUUUUGACACUGAAUCUUAGUCUUCCAAUGUAUUGUAAAACUUUAGAGUAUUAAGCCCUCUGUGAUUGGUUUUAGAAGAAUGUUUGGUUAUGUUAAAAGGUGAUGACAAACGCGCCCACAAUUAGAUUCUGUGAUACAUUUUCUAUCCUUGAUUUCUGACUUAUAAUAUAACGUUAAGACUCUUUGACUAUACAAGACAUCCAAAACAGUAAAACUUUUAGAAAUUAGACAUUUUAGUUUAACGAAUUGGUCGACGAAUGACAUUUAAAAUUUAGUAUUUUUUUAUUUGUACAGAAAUUUAA